GUGGCAGUCUAGCAAAGCAGGCAUCAUUCUGAAGUGCAGCUCCACCGGAUAAACGCACGCUGUGCAGUGUCUCUUCGUUCACUGGAGUUGGAUUUAAAACUCUUGCAAGCCAAAGAAGUUUGAGUAGCAAGGUUUAAAAAAAAAAAAUAAGUAAUGGAUGAAAGAAUACCACGCCUCCAGGAUAGGCAGUACAUUGAUCACGCAGACUUCUUGGGGGUGGAAUAUUCGUCUCUGUAUAUGUGCAAAUCUAAAAGAGGGAUGAAGCGCGAAGACGGAAAGGACGCUUAUAAGUUGCCACAUCGCCUGAUAGAGAAGAAGAGACGAGACAGAAUUAAUGAAUGUAUCGGACAGCUUAAAGAUUUGUUACCUGAACAUUUGAAACUGACGACCCUAGGGCAUUUGGAGAAAGCGGUUGUACUUGAGUUAACUUUGAAGCACUUAAACGCCUUGACUGCUGUGACCGAGCAGCAGCACCAGAAGAUAAUCGCUUUGCAGAACGGUGAUCGGUCGAUGAAAUCUUCCUUCCAAGCCGAUCUGGAGGCUUUCCACUCGGGCUUUCAGGCGUGUGCCAAAGAGGUCCUGCAGUACCUGAGCAAGUUCGAGAACUGGACUACUCGCGAGCAGAGGUGCUCGCAGCUCGUCAGCCACUUGCAUAAAGUUUCCGGGCAGUUUCAGCCCGGUGCGCAGCUCCUGCAGCAUCAGCUGCAGGACCGCGAUGGUCCCAAAGGAGACGGUCAGGCGAACUGUGUACCGGUCAUUCAGAGGACUCAGAACCCAGAACUGAACGAGAACGAUACUGACACUGACAGUGGAUAUGGCGGUGAGGCGGAGAGAAAUGAGGGGAAGCUUGGCUCAGAUAAAGGAUCUGAGAGCGGCAGGGCGCAGGAGGCAAAAGGUGUCAAGAUCAAACAGGAAUUCGGGGAUGACCGCACUGCCAAGAAACCAAAGAUGAGCUGGAGUGGAAAUGGUGUGGCAAGUGCAGACCCAGCAAGCCGUCCUGAUCUGGCUUUCAUGAACUCACUGAUGGGAAUCACUGGUAUUGGACAGCAGACUCCAUUUUGCAUGCCUUUCUACUUCAUUAACCCCUCGGCAGCAGCGUCCUACAUGCCUUUAUUUGAUAAAAGUAACCUGGAGAAGUAUGUGUACCCGGCAGCCGCGGCUGCGCUCAGCAGCCCUUUCCCAUGGCUCUACCCGGGGCUCCCCGCACAGGCGGCCGCAGCAGCAGCAGCUUUUCCGGGGCUGGCGGCAGACAAGAGCGGAUUCAGCAUGACCUCACAGAGCAAUGACUGUCCGAGUCCCAGUGAGGAUGUGUCAAACGAGGCGGAAUGUGGGUCUCCCGCGGAAGGGGACCAGGGUCACGAGAAUGAUAAUGGCGAGGAUGAGACCCUCCGAAACGAAAAUGACGGUACAUAAUCAUUCAUUUUCUUUCUCUUUUUUGCCUGUAUAAAGACCAUAUUUAUCGUUGUUAGUCAAUUUAAGUUCAUUCAACAUUCAGUGUAGUGUUUCUGAGAUUUUUUUGAAAAGCUUUGUUUUUAUUAUUAUUUUCAUAUUUUUUUUAUUCAAAGUAGCUUCAAGAUUGGUUCACAUCUGAAUUGGUCAUUGACUUUGGGGAGGUUGGGGGACGUUGGAACAAUCUGUGCCUUUUGCACUUUAUCCAUGAUAUAUUUGAAUGAUAAUCGACUUUGAUUGACUUCAGCAACUUACAUAUGUUAUCUAGUCCAUCCAGAUGUGAUUGUUUAUCAAAAUGUUUGAAUUUCUGGGAAUUUGCUUUUUUAUCUACUUAGGAAUAGGACACUUUCUAUAGUGCAAUAUAUGAUUUAGAACUUACUCUUUACCCAGCUGCAGCUAUUCUUUUAUUUUCACAUUUAAUUUGGAAUUAACUUACUGUAUGGGACACUUGGAUGUAUCAUACUGACCUCAACUAGGGUGUUUACCAUCGAAAUUGCCACAGUAUUUGUCAUUGAUGCCUCUUGCACAUGUAACUGUGUUGCAUUUGUAAUUUACCAGAGCGUUCAGGCUUUCCUCAGUGCUUGAACGCAGCUACUUAUAUACCUCAACAGGAGUUCUUGAAUGGGACUGAUACAGAGGAGGGUUAACUGGUGAACUCAGUACAGGUUAUAAGACAAGGACAUUUACAAUUAGACAAGCCUUGAGUAACAGUCCUCUGACUCGCUGUUACGGCUGCCCCCUUACCCUCCCCAACCACCAAUUCUGGUCUAUUGUCAUCAAUAAUAUGUUUUGUGUUCUUGAAAAUGUCCAUACCCCCCUUCCCUCCCCCCUCCCAUGUAGAAACAGUGUUUGCCUGACGUGCAAAUCAUUUAAAUUUAUCUAAAGAGUCCUUGUGACCUGAAGAUGUUGUUUGACCCCAGCCCCCUAGCCCCCACCUCACUGCAAGUGUUAGACUACUGUGUCCUCUGUGGACAGGCAUCUCUGACAGGCAUCUGGCCCAAUGACUUGCACCUCCAGCAAAAACAUACAAGGUAUAUUAGCACCUUAUGGAACUUUGAUAUUGAAUGUAUUAUAUAUGUGUUUUUUCCGUAGAUAUGAACGUUUGUAUAUACUCUGAUAAAGAUCUAGUUCUUUGCUCUGAGAGGUAAAGUGCACUUGUUCAUGCCUUCUCCUUCCAUGUUCUCCUCACUCUUUGGUUUCCUGUGAUUGGUUGUUCAUCUGAAGUGUACUAUAAUUUCAUGGCAAAAGUCUACGCCACCAAGGCAAACAUCCAAGGCUGUAUGUAUAUCUGUGUAUAUAUGGAAACCAUGAUACGAAGCAACUGAUUAUGUUGAUCUUAGGAUGGCAUCCCCAUGUCUGUCCCAUAGGUGCUGAUAUUAAGCUUUCUUUCAUUCUCACCACCCAAAGACAGAAAAAAAUGACUUUUUCUGUAAGAACAUUUGGUCUCAUUGGAAAUAAUAAAAAAAACCCUGUUCAGUACUAAUAUGAGCUCCCUAACUUGUUUAAUCCAUGUAGCAAACCAGUAUCAUAUUCCAGCAUGUCCACAAAUGUGCAUACAGGUGAUAGCACUAGACAAAGUUGAAUGAGUAAGUAGGUGAUGAGCGAUGCCAUUCUUAAGACUGUCAUCAGACGUUCUUGUUUUCUGACAGUUGUCAAAGUGAUGUGUUUUUUAAACGAGUGUCGAGUUAUUUUUUGCUGGAUAGGAAAUGAGAUACAGAAAUUGCCAUUUAUUUUUGCAGACUCAGUACUGCUUUUAAAGCUUCUGUUUAGAUCCUCUGCUGUCAAUUGCCCGGAGCAGUGGCAUGUCUGUGUAAAUAGUCUGUGAAUAUGCUACAAAUACUGUAUGUCUAAUGUUUAUGUGGUAGAAGAAAUCUCUGGAUUUUUUAAAGGAUAAAACAGAGCAACUGUUGCACAUUUCGUUAAUGCUUUACACAAUUGCUGUUCUAAAUUAUUGCAGUAAAGUUGUCAAAUAAAAACAAAAAUAUUAAGACUA